AACGAGAGAAGGUGAGACGAUUGGUUCUAUUUAAACACAGCGCUACAUUCUGGCUUGCGUAUAAUUUGAAGUCUUGCUAAUUAAUUAUGCCACUGUUUAUUAGGCCACGGGUCUUGCGACAUAUGCAGUUGAAUUCCAGCAGUGGCAGUGUCGUUCGGCCUCUGACUUUAAUUACCACAGGUUCCUUUUUCUUGUCAGUCCUCUAUACAUGCGGCUUGGGUGCAAAAACAAGAAUAUGUGCCUGUAUAGAGAACAUCGUAUUUCUUGGCAUGCGCCGUGUUUUCUUGGCGAGGCGGAACCACGUUUCCAAAUAGCCAAGCCCGAUAUAUAAUUUAUUGGCCGGCACGAGGGAAUGCUUAAUUGAGCCUGUAUUUCCAGAGACAAGAAACGAUCUCUUCUUGAUGGAUCGAUGGUAUGGCUGCAAUCG